AUGUCAAGCUUGUCCCUACUCCCUUUCGAUAUUCUUCAUCAGGUGGCCAGCCAACUCGACGUUCUUUCCUACGACCGUCUUUCCAAAACUUCUCGUUCACUGCAUGACCAGCUUCGGGAUGAGCAUACGGCGAGGAAUACAGUCCAUGCGAGCAUUCUGCAUUCUCCAUGGACCCAAUUGGCCCUGUCAGCACCCGACGGCAGCUUUAGGACGACAAUUGAUCGGGUCAGCUUGUGUAACGAUGCGUUUCAAACAGCGUUGCCCUACUCUGUUAGUGUCGUAGGCCAUGCCACCAGCUUUUCCUACCACGGCGGCAUUGUGUGUUACACGACAAGUUCUCAACUUCGCAUUCUUGAUCUCAAUCACCGUCCUACUUCGGAAAAGGUCUUCGGUCACGCAUUCUUCCGAAGUUUCCUCGCUUCCCCGAAACGAGGCGCCAUCACAGUUGAGCUCGAAUGUUUUAGAUCGCUGCAGCUUCAGGGCUAUGCAGACAACGUUGCCGUCUUGACCUGCCAUUUGGGGGUCUACGGGCCACAUCUCUUCGCCGUCAAUAUCUCCGAGGACUUUAAUGAGUCGUCUCGGGCGACCAACAACGUCCGUCGCUCUCGCAUCGUCUUUUCGACACCGCUAGUCUCCAACAAGAAGCUCUUCGUCACGCACAACUCGAGACACAUCGUCUGGGGAACCCAUUCGGCCACUGGAGAUGAAGGACACCGCGAAUGGCUGCUAUACCGACAUGAGUUGGCGACUCCAGACGUUCCGAGCAAGGAGCCGCUGCAGUUGCGGAACUUUUACGGCAGUGAGAUCGGGUCGACGGCGUCCUUUACGAUUCACGAGAAUUAUUUCUAUGCCGUCACGAACCAGACCAGCUUCGAAACCGAGGAGGUUGACUGGACAAGUUACUAUCACGUUGUGAAAUUUCAUCUAGACCUCGUAGACCCUGACGUAGUGCCUAGAAUGGUAUGGCGACGGCAACAUCUCGAGGGACCGAUCAACGACGCAUGGACAGAUCUAGGGUUUCAGGUUGAUCACUGCACAGGCGAGCUGUUGAUCGUCGAGUGUCGAAAAGAAUGGGUUGACGGGGGCAGUCGUUGCGUCAGGACGUACUAUUCUCAACCUUUACAGCGGGCGGUUCUCUUGGACGCUCAUGCCAUACUGCGCGCCCCUCCCGAUGAUCCCCUCCGGCGGACUCUGGACGAAAAGAACAAGAGCCACUACGAGGACUCUCAUGUCAGAAUCGAGAGGUAUGUGCACUCCGAGUACGCCAGACAUGGUGGUGAUUGUGGCGAAGAUGCCAGGGACCGGAAGAAGGAGUACCUCCGCGCCAAAACCAAAUGGAACGGGUACGAUUUCAACCGGCAGUGUUUUGUGGACGUUGUGAGUGAGGAGGUCACGGAUGAAGGGAGCUGGCGACCACGGGAGAGACUUCGAGUUCGGGUCGUGAGUAGGAAGGGGAUCGGCCCUCUUGUGUUGGACGACGAAGGUGACCACGGACGUGGGAACGAACAACACGAGGUCAUGCAGAAAAGUGGUUCGAAAUACUACCGGGUGCGCUCGCGGGUCAAGGACAAGGACGGACUUGACCUGAGGGACGGCGAGGAAAAGUUCACGCCCAGUGAGAUUGUCCUGUGGCCUAGAGGUGGCGUGGAGGUUCCAAGGGAUCUGGAGGACGUACUGUGCCCCGGCGGCAAGGCCGGCGAGGUCAAGGCCGUGCUUGGGUACGAGGGGAUCGUCUACCUCUCCGGUCCUGCAGACUUGACAAAAGGAGGCGAGAGGGCCCUCGUGUUUGUGUGUUUCGAUCCCACCUUUGGGUUUGAUGGCAUGAGGCGGGUAGAUGGAUCGAUGGUGGCGCAGAGAGGAGGUGGAAGCGGCAAGGCGGUAGGAAAAGGAGGAGAGGGAAGAGGGGACUCUGGUAAGAAGAGAAAGAACGAGUCAGUGACUUCGGUGGUCGUUGCCGCUGAUGGAGGCGGAACGAGCAUGGUGGGCCAUGGACUCGUCGUUGAGAGGGCUAAACGGGUCAAGAAUGAAAACGGCACAGAAAGCGAUGAGGCUGGUUUUCGAGGGGUCGACGAACGGCGGCAGUACACGACUUCUGUUCCUCGCAUGUCGGUGACGAGCAGUUCCUCCGCCUCUCUGAUCAUGGGCGCAUUGGAUGAUGGGCCACCGUUUGUUACGGCGACUUCUACCCCGACGCGCACUCCAGACUUGUCCAGAGACGGCGGUGGAGAUGUGAUCACCAGUGGCGAUGGCAAUAUCAAGACCAAGUCCAAGUCCACCGCCGCAGCCACCACCACUGCCAGUGGUACCACGAGGUCGACGUGGCGUGAGAGAGCAGCUCACAUAUCCAUCGGCAAAGGAUUCUGGUUGCGUUGA